AUGAACAAGACCACUCAGAACGUUGCCCAAGAUUGGAAACCGGCUUUGUAUAACCAAGCUGUUGACGUUGUAUACUCUGAUGAUUAUACCAAACCCUUGUUCGAUUUACUUUGCGCCCAACCUAACGAACGAAUUGUAGAUCUAGGGUGUGGCACAGGUGAGCUCACCCUACGUCUCCAACGGCUCGUCGGAAAGGAGGGAAUAGUCGUAGGCGUAGACGCCAGUGAGAACAUGCUCGCCAAAGCCAAGGAAAACGGCCUUGUGAAUUACUUCCUCGGUGACAUACAGAAACUUGAGGUGCCAGAUAAAUUCAAGCCUCUAGUUGGAACAUUCGACGGUAACGGUCUUUACCAACGCUACGCUCCACUGGUGCAAACUGCAAAAAUUCUUCUGAAGCCAGGGGGCCGGUUCGUGGGCGAAUUUUGUGGGUACAUGAACGCAGUUGGUCUACGAUCCGUCACCGCCCAUAUACUGGAGCGUCGUGGAAGAAAGCUUUCUGAACCAUGCUUUCUGCCCCAUUCCGCAGAAUAUGCAAGCCUGCUUGAAUCAGAAGGAUUCGUAGUAGAACACAUCUCGUUGAAUCCCCGCGUGAUUAAUUUUCCAGGAUCUUUGGUGGACUUCCUCCGUGCAAUAUUUCGCAUUUCAUACCUCAAGGACCUGGAAGAUGAGGAAGCGGGAGAGGUCAUUCAAGCGAUCAGUAGAAUUUGUGAGUUUGACCACAAAGACGGAGCGGGUGCUUGGACUGGCAUGUAUGUGACGAUAAGGUUCCGGGCAAUUGCCCCAGAGUAG